AUGGCCCCCAGUCUCUUGCUAGAUCAAGAAUCACCCCCACCUGCCUCUGUUCACCCUGCCAAGCAAACACUCAAAGAGGCCCACGCCCCUGUUGGCGGCGACUUUUCCUUCACUUCUGGUUCUGCCAACAACGGCAAUGAUACCCAUCUUGGAAACGGGGCCAAUGGUUUCCUAACGGGCAAUGGUGUACCGGGUGGUCAGCAAGGCGGCCACGACUUUAUUUCCGCUCAAACCCUUCGUCAACAGUCCGAAAACUAUGCAUCUCAGAGUCGCAUCCUAGGCGACGGCAAACGUCCAAACAUUCUGUACAUCAUGGCUGACCAGAUGGCUGCUCCAAUGCUAAAGUUCAAUGACCCAGAGUCAGUGAUCAAGACACCACACCUGGACGAACUCGCUCGGACCGGUGUCAACUUUGCAAGCGCUUACUGCAAUUCACCUCUUUGUGCACCAUCCAGGUUUACCAUGUGCAGCGGUCAACUUCCCUCAAAAAUUGGCGGAUACGACAAUGCUUCCAUUCUGGGCCCAGAGGUCCCCACCUAUGCUCACUAUCUCCGCCGAGAGGGCUACGAGACUGCGCUGGCUGGGAAGAUGCACUUUAUCGGUCCUGAUCAACUCCAUGGGUUUGAACACCGACUCACCUCCGACAUCUACCCUGGAGACCUGGGCUGGUCCGUAAACUGGGAUAAGCCAGAAGAGCGUCAAGAGUGGUACCACAACAUGUCGUCAGUCAUGCAAGCCGGCCCAUGUGUGCGCUCCAACCAACUUGACUACGACGAGGAUGUCAUGCACAAGGCUCAACAAUACCUCUACGACUAUGUCCGAUCAGAUCCCGAGACUCGCCGGCCGUUUGCUUUAACCAUCUCUCUGACGCAUCCACACGACCCCUAUACCAUGAUUCAGGAGUAUUGGGAUAGGUACGAGGGUGUGGAUAUUCCUCUGCCCAAGGUCGAGAUUGCUCAAGCCGACCAAGACACGCAUUCGCAGCGACUCCUCAAGACCAUUGACCUGUGGGACAACCCAGUACCAGACGAGGCCAAGAUCCGCGCCCGGCGUGCAUAUUUUGCCGCCUGCAGCUUCGUUGAUGACCAGGUUGGUAAACUCGUCAAGCUUCUGAAAAAUUGCAAGCUAGACAAGGACACAAUCAUUGUCUUUUCUGGGGACCAUGGCGACAUGCUUGGUGAGAGGAGCCUGUGGUACAAGAUGAGCUGGUAUGAGAACAGUUCCAGAGUACCCAUGAUCAUCAAUGGCCCCAACAUUGCACCCAAGCAAGUCAAGGAGUCAGUGUCUACGAUGGAUCUGCUGCCAACGUUUGUUGACCUGGCUGGGGCCAAGGUUGAUGAACGCCUGCCCCUCGACGGCACCAGUCUAUACGAGUACCUGGUGUCUGACAAGCCAGGCAAAGAUGAAGUGUUUGGCGAGUACAUGGGCGAGGGAACCAUCACUCCAACAUAUAUGAUUCGUCGCCAUGAGUGGAAGUUCACCUUUUCUCUCGCGGACGGGCCACAGCUCUACAAUCUUGUCGAAGAUCCGCGAGAGCUUCACGAUCUUGCAAUGUCGACGGAGCCUCACAACCGGAAGGUGCUCGCCAAGUUCGAGGCUGAGGCGCGUGAGAAGUGGGACUUUACCAAGAUCCACAACGACGUUCUACUCAGCCAGCGCAUGCGUCAGCUUGCUUGCGGUGCGCUGAAGAUUGGGCGCAAGGAGUCGUGGGACUACCAGCCCCCAUACAACGACCGAGAACGCUUCAUCCGGUCGCACAUUCCGCUGGAUGAGCUGGAGCGGCGUGCUCGGUUCCCGGUAGUGGACUACCUGGGCCGCGAGAAGUCUGCUGCGGCAACCCACCAUGGCCUUGCGGGCGCAGCCGGCGAGUGA